AUGAACUUUAGGAGACGAGAAAAAAAUACACAUUGGCUCCCUAUACAUAUAGAGCGAGAUCCGUCUAAUGAUGGCAAUAGACACAUAAAUGAAAAAGAAUCUAAGUUUAUUUUCAAAGAAUUCUUUUCAGAAAUCAAUUGUAAAUUUAUCAUAACAGCAACUUUGGCUAUCUUAGUACUAAGUAUCUUGUUUGAGCCAAUACAUACUCGUUGGAGCAUCAAUUCUUGUAAGUGGAAUAAGUGGGAGCAUUGGGAUAAAGGAUCAGAUCCAAGAAGAAUAGUUUUGAUAGCUGAUCCACAAUUAGUUGAUGAUAAUUCAUACCCAGGCAGACCAUGGAUAAUUAACUAUUUCGCCCAAAAACUCAGCGAUAAGUAUCUUCAUAAGAACUUCAUCGCUACAAGGGACAUAUUAGAUCCCGAUACAUUCAUAUUUUUGGGAGAUUUGUUCGAUGGAGGAAGAGAAUGGGAGGACGAAGGAUGGUUUCAGGAGUAUCAUAGAUUCAAUUCGAUAUUUCCCAAAGAUCCCACUAGAAGAUAUAUACAAUCGCUACCUGGAAAUCACGAUAUUGGAUUUGAGUCAAUUAAUCAUAAAGCAUAUAAAAGAUUUCAAGCUUUUUUUGGUGAGACAAACGAUUACAUUGAAAUAGGAAAUCAUACUAUAAUUUUACUUGAUACCAUCUCAUUGUCUUCACAAGACGAAUGGUUGCAGUCCAGGCCCUUGAGAUUUAUAGAAAAUCUAAGCAGUCACAUCAAUCCUUACUUUCCAAGAAUACUACUAACCCAUGUGCCUUUAUAUCGGUUCAAUGAUCAGCAAGACUGUGGACCUUUAAGAGAAUCGAAUAAAAAAUUUCCUGUAAUGAAAGGAAAGCAAUAUCAAACUGUGAUUGAAUACGAUCUUUCCCAGAAGAUUUUGAGCAAAAUUAAUCCAAAAAUUGUCUUUAGUGGCGAUGACCAUGACUACUGUGAUGUAACUCAUUCUUAUAAAUAUGAAAACGAAAAUUCAAACGCCAGAGAGAUAACAGUUAAAUCUUCAUCCAUGGCUGGAGGAAUAAAAUAUCCAGCAUUGCAACUAUUGUCUCUCAAUAAUCUUUUUGAUCCAACAAUAGCAAAAGUACCUCAAGAUAAGGUGACACUACAAACAGAAAUUUGCUACAUGCCCACUCCAUUUUUGCAAUUUUAUGUCUUUGGUACCACGCUUUUCAUUAGUAUCGGAUUCUACGCUGUAUAUUUCUUGUUCCCUAAACUUUUAGGUAAACUCACUAACAACUAUCAUAACAUAAUUAAGUCAAAUGAUGUUUUAAUGCAAUAUGAAAAGCUUCAUUUGGCUCCCCUUUCAACGACAUCUUGGCUGCAUAUGAGAAGAAGAAAGAGCUACAUGGGUUUUUUGAGUAAUUCGGCUUUACUAGUUCUAGUCACUUUCCCUCUUUUCUUAUAUUUUCUGACGUGA